AUGAAGCAGGUCAUUCAAGUUCCCGAGACAACAGGAUUUGAUGACGACUUGCUGGGUCAGACUUUUGUGCCGAUAGACGAGCAAUUGCUGAAAAAAUACACCUCUUCCCAAUGGGGAUUCACGCAAGGUCUCCUACUUGGCCAGUUAAGUGUCAUCGUGGUUAUCGUAUUGUUCAUACGGUUUUUCGUUUUCAGCGAAUCGGCUGCUUCCAACAAAACUGCCCCCAAGGAACCCAUAAUAAACAAAAGGAUAAAGAACUAUAAGACAAUAGACUCACAGUCCAGCCCGCUUCUUUCUCUGGAUAAUGAAGGACUGCCACAAUCUGCUGCUGACCUCUUCAAGGCCAAAGUUUCAGCCAUACUGGAAAAGACAUAUUACGAUGUCAAGACACACCAAUCGGAGUCGCUAGACUGGUUCAAUGUGCUUGUGGCCCAGAUGAUCUCGCAGUUCAGAGAUGAAGCCCUGAGUAACGACAAUAUUUACCACAGUUUACGUGCAGCACUGAGUUCCUCUGAUCUGCCUGAUUACCUCGACACUAUCAACAUAACGGAGAUCAAUAUCGGAAGCGACUUUCCUAUCUUCAGUAACUGCAGGAUUAAGCAGAACGAACUCAAUGGAAGACUUGAGGCCAAAAUUGAUGUGGAUCUUUCUGAUACUCUGACUCUGGAGAUAGAAACGAAACUCUUGCUCAACUACCCCAAGACUUUAACUGCUUCGCUGCCGAUACAGUUGUCAGUUUCGAUCGUUCGUUUCUCGGGCUGUUUGACAGUCUCAUUGAUUACAGCUUCAGACGAGGAGUUGGAAGACGAUUCGUCAAGCUCUGCCAAGGGUGUGGGGCUCAUGUUCUCGUUUUCGCCGGAUUAUCGACUGGAGUUUGAGAUCAAGUCCUUGAUAGGUUCCAGAACCAAAUUGGAAGAUAUUCCCCGUUUGAGCUCGAUUAUUGACUCUCAGCUGCGCAAUUGGUUUGUGGAACGGUGCAUAGAACCACGAUUCCAACUCAUUAAACUUCCCAGUUUGUGGCCCAGGAAGAAAAACACUAGGCAGGACGAGAACGACAUAUGA